AUGGCACCGACCGAACUCGCGAGACCUUCUCGACUCCUACUCCAGGUUCCAAGACGCCUCUCCGGCCGAGAUAUCGCACUGGAUAGCUCCGUCAAAGGCGUCGGGUUCGCCGUGCUCUUGGGCUUUGGGCUCAUCAUUAUCGUCCUUUCCAUCGUCAAAUGUUACUACCUGAAGCACCGCCGCAUCCAAGUCAUUCAUUCCCCUUACUCCCUCUGGGCGCCUUCGCGAGCGACGAUGGCGUCCGGACUGUCUCGGACGUCAACGCGCCUUUCGUUCGGAUCCCGCACAUCACCGUCGUCUUCAUCGUACAGCAUAAGCCCCAGGACGCCGCAAGAUCAGGCAUCGCAUACAUCCCCAAAGCGCAAAUCACGAUUGUCCGGAUUCUUCGUAGGCUUGCUCGGAUCACCGAGUUGGGAAAUUCGCAUCCGAAGGGUGAUGAGCGAAGUUCAGCGCCUGCAAAGGCCGGAGGACGCGGACGGCGGUUCGGUUCUGAACGGCCAAUCUCCGUACCUCGGGUCUCCAUCGCCUUCGUCUGUGAAGCCGAUUCCCGGUGUAGUUGCCAUCUGUUAA